AUGAGCCCAACUACGCCGGAUGCGGGCGACAUAUUCCGCGAAGAUAACUACUUCGUGUGGGAGUUCAACGCAAGGAUGAGGCUGGCAAAGAAGGGAUUGCUAGAGCACCUAGACGCUAUGAAGGCCCCAGAAGAAGGAGACGCAAGCGCGUCAACUUGGAAAGUCAACGACAUGAAGGCCUUCGCGAUUGUGUCCACAAUGAUCAGCACAAAUCUUCAGUCAAUGGUGCGCACGGCAGAGACAACGGCAAAAGCAUGGGACAUACUGAAGACUUUCUUCCUGCGGCAAAGUAUGCACAAUCGUGUGCAGUUGCGGCGGCAACUACAUGAGUUCAAGUUGGCCAAGGGAGGAAGCAUCAUGGAUCACUUCCUGAGAUUUGACGAACUGUGCAUGACUAUGCAAGCUGUGGGACAAGAGAUCUCACAGGAUGAGCAUUUGGUCAUCCUAUUGGGUAGUCUAACGAGAGACUAUGACCCCAUCGUCAAGAUAAUUGAGAACAUGCCCGGAAUGACACUGUUUCACGCUAAGGAAAUGCUGAGACGGGAGUACGAUGGAAUGGCGAGGACAGAACACCAAGAAAUCGCACUGAAAAGUACGCACACUUCCAAGUACAAGAAAGGUCCGCGCAGACAUGCGCGGGAGAUCAAGUUCAAGCGGUGA